AAAUAGUUAAAUUAAAGAUUAUAUACAUGAUUUAAGAGCAUACAUGGUUCGCGUGAACAGCUGAUAAGCAUUUGGCUGUUGAUAACCAUCUUGCGAUGUCGUAGCGGUGACUCAUAAAGAUCGUUAACAUUCCAGCUGAUGGGAAGAUCUUAGUCAGUUAUUGUGAACCAAGCUUCAGAAACACUUGGAAUAUAAUUAAACAUUAAUUAUUUGGAAAUAACUUGCAUACUUUUGAAAGUUUAAAAGCAAAUAUAAUAUAUAUAACAAUAGUCUUUUGCGAACUUGCAUUCACCUUAAGAUAGGUAUCGGAUAUCAGCACUUUGCUUUAGUGCGCAUGCUCACACUUUGACUUCCGGGUUCUAGAUUUAUCUGACAUUUUCGCCAUCUUGGACUUAAAGAAAACACACAGAUAAACAAAAUGGUUGCCGGAAAAUACGACCUUCAGGCCGAGGCUGAAGUUCGAAACUGGAUCCAACAACUCACCGGUGAAGUUAUUGCGGAAUAUGAACUAGAAAAACAUCUAAAAGAUGGAGUGAUUUUGUGCCAGUUAAUGAAGACUCUGUUCGAAGGCACUCCGGCAGAUACCCUGCCCCCGGCAUGUAGAAGUAUAAAACCUAAAGGAAGAAAAAGUGAGAGGGGUGCAGUACAAAUGGAAAACAUAGAAAUAUUCCUGCGGGCCGCCGCUGCAUAUGGAGUGCCACAGAGUGGCUUGUUCGCAUGUAACGACUUAUAUGAAGGCAAAAAUAUGCCCAUGGUUAUAGCUACAAUUCUUCAAGUAGGUUCUGAGGCACAGAGAAAUCAGUUUAAUGGACCAACAGCUGGCCCACCCCCGACAGAAAAGAAAAAGAAGAAGUUUACAAGAAAACAGCUGAAAGCAGGUCAGUCCAUUCUCAUAUUACAGAAUGGAACAAACAAGUUUGCAUCUCAAAAAGGGAUGACAUGCCCUGGGGCGGUCCGACACGGAGCAGAUAUUCGAGCAGACGACCUUAAAGACGAGAGUAAUAGGUUCGUUAUUCUCCAAUCUGGUACGAAUAAGUAUGAAACACAAUCGGGUAUGCGAAUCGGAACACAACGUCAUUGCGCCGAUAUCCGAGCUGAUGACAUUAAUCAGGACAGUAACGCCAUAACUAUUCUUCAGUCCGGUACGAAUAAGUUCGAUUCCCAGAAAGGUAUCAGAGGUGGUUUCGGAGCUGUGCGUCACUGCGCUGACAUCCGCGCUGACGACCAGACGAAGGAGAGUGAGGCUGACGUUUGGCUCCAGUCGGGUACGAACAAAUUUGCGUCUCAGAGGGGUAUGACCGCACCAGGCGCUGUGAGACAUGGCGCCGAUAUCCGUGCUGAUGAUAUUAACCAAGACAGCAACGCUAUUACGAUCCUCCAGUCUGGUACCAAUAAGUUCGAUUCUCAGAAAGGCAUGAGAUGUUAUGGUGCAGUACGUCACGGUGCUGACAUUCGUGCUGAUGAUCAGACGAAAGAAAGUGAAGCUGAGGUCUGGUUACAAUCCGGCUCCAACAAGUACGCAUCCCAGAAAGGCAUGACAGCUCCGGGAGCCGUGAGACACGGCGCUGAUAUACGUGCCGACGAUAUUAACCAAGACAGCAACGCCAUAACGAUUCUUCAGUCUGGCACCAACAAGUUCGACUCCCAAAAAGGCACUCGCGGCUUUGGCGCUGUGCGACAUGGACCAGAUAUACGUGCUGACGACGAGGUCCAAGACGGACAAGGUAUCGUCAUCUUGCAAGCUGGUACCAACAAAUUCGACAGCCAAAAAGGUAUUCGUGGUGGUUUCGGUGCAGUUCGACAUUGCGCAGAUAUCAGAGCUGACGAAUUCAAUGAAGAGUCAAACAGAGAGGUUCAAUUGCAGUCUGGAACCAACAGGUUUGCUUCUCAGAGAGGGAUGACGUCAUACGGUGCAGUACGUCACGGAGCAGAUAUUAGAGCAGACGAUUUCAACCAGGAGAGUAACGCGACUAUUAAUUACCAGUCUGGGUGGAAUAAGGGAGAUUCGCAGAGUGGUAUUAGAGGUGGCUUUGGCGCGGUUAGGCACGGUGGUGAUAUCAAAGUACGCGAAUUAUUCGAUGACGAAGAUCUGUUUGAUUACGACGACCUUGAAUACGCUGACCCAUCCCAGGGUACCUCGGACAUGUAACGUAAGGUACCCGGAUAAUAACAGGUUAUAUAACGUUCGACAAAUAAAAACUAGUUUAUUUUUAUUAAAAUGGAAUAAAUUAUUAGGCCGUUUCUGUUCUAACUGCAAUUUUCGACUGAAGAGAGAAAGGUGAUCCUUCACAUGCAUGUAUGUGCAAUAGUGCAUACAUUUUAAAUGCUACAACGAGAACUAAAUAACACAAACAAAAAACAUGGGUCAGUUAAAGUACCAUAUAUGGACAUGAAUGAAUUUCGCUAAAGACUCAAUUUCGAUAUCCUAAUCGAAUCUUUCGAACAACAGACAUUAAGACUGAAUGCGAAUAACUCAACGAAAUACAUGUGUUAGUUAAUCAGACUGUUUGUAUGAUCAUCAGUAUGUUAUAACAUAUAUACAUGGUAAAGAAAUUUUUCGUAGAUUACUUUGAUGUAUAUUUUUCUAUAUUUCUAUUAUUGUUUUUUUUUUUUUUUGUAAUUUUUUAAUUUUGUUAUCGGUUAAGUAAUACAUGUGCAAUAUAUAUUUAAGUUUUUCUAAGAAUGUAACUUUUGUUUGAAUAAAUGUUGUUAAGGAAUAUCUAAAUACCUCCUAACCUCUAUGACUUCCAGGAUAGAUUUUUUAUUCUAAAAGUAUUAAAUGAAACUCCCAAAUCACCUUCUUAGUGCAAAAACAAUUACAUUGUAUAACCGCAGUAUGAAAAAUCAUGUUACAGUUUUUACACUAAGACGUUGAUUAUACAUGUAAAUGCUCAGUGGACUGUUUAUCUAGAUAUACUUUGCUUUUGUGUAAGAGAUUUACGUGAGUAUCAUACGCGAAAAUAUCGUUCAUGUAAAUAAUGAUGGUUCUAAGCAUGAAUAAAGGUUUGAUUUGAUAAAAAAA